AUGUCGGACAUACCGGUGCGACCGCCUGCACCAGCUGCACCGCUUCCCCCAGGCUGGACAGAGCACAAGGCGCCCUCAGGCCACUCGUACUACUACAAUGCCGAAUUAAAUAAGUCGACAUAUACGCGACCUGUUGCAGAGGUUCCGCAAUACCAUAAUCCAACGCCGCCACCUGCACCCGCACCCUACAACGCGCCUUCGAAUUACGGCCUUGGCCACGAUAGUCAGACAGCGCAAACUGCCUCCCAGCCUCAGCCUUCAAUCAACGACUUCAUCUUCGCGAGCGCGCCGAAGCAAUUCCCCAAACAUGGCGGGGCGCAUCAACAAGCAAGAGGUGGGCAUCGUGGAGGGAUGCGCGGAGGGCAGAACAGCUUCAACGACCGAAGAAGAGACCGCGAUGAUAGGCCAAAGCAUCGCCAGGACAUACCAAACUGCGCGCCAUGGGUUCUGGUCAAGACAAAGUUCGGACGACGUUUUGUGUGGAACAAGGACACGAAUGAGAGUUUCUGGAAGUUCCCGCCCAAUGUCAUGACUGCCGUUGUCGAGUUCGAUCGGAAGGAGCGCGAAAAGAAGGAACGCAGGGAACGGGGCGAGCCAAGCGAUGUGGAAGAGGAGAACGAUGCUAUGGCUGAGAUCGAGGCGGAGCUGGCAGAAGCGGAAGAGGAGGUAGAGAUAGUCGAAGUGGACGGCGAGGAGGGUAUGGAGAACGAUGAGGAGUAUGAAGAGGUGGAGGUCACGGACGAUGAGGGUGAGGCGUCAGGGCAUGCACAGAAACGACAGCGCACCGAAGAACCGUCUGGAGACCCACAACCCGAGGAAGACGAUGAUCUUGCAUGGCAACUGGCACAAAUGGAGGAGAUGGAGAUGGAUCAGGGCUACGACGAUCAAUUCGACGAGGAGGAGCCUGCUUUGUCCGAAGAAGACUGCAAAGCGCUGUUCAAGGAGCUCCUCGAGGAUACCAAAGUCAGCCCAUUUGCACCCUGGGACAAGAUUAUAGAGGACGGUGUGUUAUUUGACGACGACCGAUACAAGGCUCUCCCGAACAUGGCAGCGCGUAAAGAAUGCUUCAACGAAUGGUCGCGAGAUAAAGCCCAGUUCCUCAAGGAAGAGAAAGCCCGGCAAGCGAAACGAGACCCUCGGAUACCGUACCUGGCCUUCCUCGACAAACAUGCAACACCAAAGCUCUACUGGCCAGAGUUUCGCCGGAAAUACAAGAAAGAACCUGAGCUCAAGGAUACCAAGCUCCCAGACAAAGACAAAGAGAAGCUAUACCGCGACCACAUCAAGCGUCUGGCCAUGCGAUCGUCCGCCCUGAAAUCCGAUCUGUCGGCGCUCUUGCGGGCUCAGCCUCUCGCGCUCCUCAACCGCUCUACAACCAUCGAUACCCUACCCUCCGCCGUACUAAGCGAUCUCUGCUACAUCUCUCUCCCACCAUCGACACGCGAAGGCCUCAUCAACACAUACAUCUCCACACUACCACCCGCACCUGAAGGCGUCGUCUACUCCGCCGAAGAAGAAGCAGAACGCGCGAAGAAGUGGGCCGAGCGCGAACGACGCGAGAAAGCGCUCGCAGACCGCGAGAGGCGUGUUCGUGAGGAGAAGAGAAAGCAAGAGCGCGAUCUAGCCUAUGGGAAAGGCAGGUUACGCGAAGAAGAAGCCGAGAUUGAGCGAGCGAUGAAUGUAGGGAAAGAGGGCUUGAAGAGUUAUCUGAAAGAGUAG